UUCGUGUGUAGUGCAAAUAGUGUCCGGCAAAAUUUUUUCAGAUUACAGGAGAGCAAAUUUGCUUGUUCAAAAUAUAAAACUAAUAUCAGAGUAUAUAAUUUUGAACCAAUAAGUGUUGCGAAACGCCACCAAGAAACUUUUCCGCUAAUAAUUCCGUUGCGAUUAUUACGUAGAGAACCAAGAAUGGCAAAGUUAGCUAAAGCGAUUGAGGGACAAAAAUCACUGGACAAUGGUAAUGAGGAAGGAGUUGUGUCUUCGUCAAGCGGAUUUUUGAGUGGUGAAGAAGAUGUCGUAAUUCCAACUAAGGGUAAAGGACGCGGCCGUAAAGCCAAAAAAGAGGCGAUUAAAGAAGUAGACACCAUACCGCCAGAAAAUGCAGAAAAAAUUGUAAAAGCGGUUGGCACCGGCAGAGGACGCAAAAAGUUAUCAAAUGAUGAGGAAAUAGCAAAUGCUAUAAAUUCCUUAGACAAUGAGGUGAAAGUUCAGAAAAAACCAGCUGCAGCAGCUAAAGGUCGUGGCAAAAAAGCUGCUACUGAGGAGCCCGCACAAGUGGUGGAAAAUAUUAGUACAGAAACUGUGGAAGUUGUAGCACCAGCCAAAAGGGGACGGAAAGCGGCACCAACAAAAGUUGUGGAAACGUCUAAUGAAAAUAAGGCAGAAAUCAACGUAGCGUCGGCACCGAAAGGAAGAGGAAAAGGGAAAAAAGUUACUGCUGUAGAUAAUAAAGAACCCACAGCAGUCCAGCCAAUUGCUGAUGGGACCAACACCAAACAAAAAAGGCAAAAAAAAUCAACCGAUGAAAUUCCAAAAGAUGAAGUUGCCGAAACAGUAGAGAUAGUAAAAGAGGAUAAAAAGAAAAAAGUCACCAAAAGCACCAAAGUCAAAGCAGAACCAAUUGAAUCAACCAACGUAGUAGAACCAGAACCAAUUGUGGAUGUAAAGAAAACCAAGGCAAAGGGCAGACAACAAAAAAAGGAGGAAAUUGUAUCAAAUAAUGAACCAGAACCAAUUGUGGAAAAAGUAAAAUCAAGGGGCAGACAGCAAAAACAAGAGCAAAAUGAGGUAGUGGUUAAAGAUUUAUUGGAAAAAUCGACAGAGAAAACUUCAGUUAAAAAAACAGCCAGUAAACGCAAGGCCACAAACAAGGAACCAGUUGCAGACAGUUUAAUUGGAAACAAUGCAGAAGAAUUGAACGAAGAGAAGAAAGAGGAGGAUUCCAAACCCACCGCUAAUAAAAUCUCAAAAAAAGAACCCAAGGAAAAGAAACCAGCAAAGGAAACCAAAGCAAGAGCUGCCAAAACCCAGAAAAACGUCGCCGAGGAAGCAUUAGAAAAUGAUAUCACAGAAGAGGACAAUAAACCCAAAGGUCGAAAGAGGGUUGCUGCCGUUGCUGACGAUGAUGAGGUCGAUGGAGCUAAGCCUGCAAAAGCAAAAAAGGCUAAAGCACCUUUAAUGAAUGCAACUGCCACUAAAUAUAAUAAGGAAGACUUCAUUUUGCCACCAAAAGAAGAUGGAGUAGAACGCUUCAAUUUGAAAAUAUCCAGUUGGAAUGUGGCUGGAUUACGUUCAUGGUUAAAUAAAGAUGGCUUACGCUACUUGGAUUACGAAUCACCAGACAUUUUUUGCUUGCAGGAAAUUAAAUGCACCAUAGACCAACUGCCGGAGGAGGUUGCCCGUAUACCAGGCUAUCAUCCCUAUUGGCUUUGCAUGCCGGGAGGAUAUGCUGGCGUUGCUAUAUACUCGAAGAUUAUGCCCAUUAAUGUGGUAUAUGGCAUUGACAAUGAAGAGUUUGACGGAGCUGGUCGUAUGAUUACAGCUGAGUAUGAGAAAUUCUUUCUGAUCAAUGUUUAUGUGCCAAAUUCUGGACGAAAGCUGGUAAAUUUGGAGGCACGUAUGCGCUGGGAAAAGCUAUUUCAAGAGUACGUGAAACGAUUGGAUGCCAUAAAGCCGGUUGUCAUUUGUGGUGAUAUGAACGUGUCACAUCAGGCCAUCGAUUUGGCAAAUCCAAAAACCAAUACACGUAGUGCCGGUUUUACACAGGAGGAACGCGACAAAAUGACUGAAUUAUUAGCUCUUGGCUUUGUCGAUACAUUUAGACACUUUUAUCCAGAUCGCAUAGGUGCUUACACAUAUUGGACAUACAUGGCAAAUGCACGUUCGCGAAACGUUGGCUGGCGUUUGGAUUAUUAUAUUGUUUCUGAACGUUUCACCAAGCGAGUAGUGGACAACUGUAUCCGUGCACAGGUAAAGGGCAGCGACCACUGUCCAAUCACACUGUUUUUGAAAAUUUAAAUCGGACAUUCCUAAUAUUUUUUGUAAUCGUUGAGUUGUUUGUCGACUUUCAUAUAUUUUAAUAUUUAUGUUUGUUUCUUGUCGUUUCUUAAUCGUAAAAUGUCACAUCAUCAGUGCACAUCACGCACACAUCAUUUUAUAUUACUUAAAUGUAAAAUCAAUCAUAUUUAAUGUAAUUUUUUUGGUAUUAUUAUUUAUUUCAAUGAACUUUUCUAAACUGAAUCGCAAAUUAUGCGUUCCUAUUAUUAAAUGGUUUAGGUAUUGUCAAUUUGUGUAUUUUCGCAAAACAGAACAAUAAUUAUUACUGGAAAGCAUACCUAAAGAGAAAUAAUAAAUUUAACUAAUAAGAAAUUUGGUUUUUUGUGAAAA